AAGCAAACAAAGACGCGGUGUUGUUUAUCCACCACAUUCAGAUCGAGUGUAUUCUCCCCCCAACGUCCACCACGACGACCACGACGACAACUUUAACGACCACCACCAACCCGGACUUCCCCGAAUUUUCCGGCACAGUCCCGCGAUGGUUGAACGCGGUAUCAACUGUAAAAAUGUCUGGGUCUGGAAGAGUCAUGCUGCUUUUGCAUGACACAGAAGGUCUGGCAUGGAAGCGCUAGCAUCACAGGUUUGGAGAAGCUUCCGCAAUGGCAAAUCCGCAUGACAAAUGCCCCAUUUUGGUGACAGAAAGUGGGCAGCUUUUGCUGCGUGUGCAUGAGAGAUUUUUAUGUGUUGUGAAAUGCGCAUCACAAGUUGCAUUUCUCCAGACCCAGACAUAUUUGCAUUCCAUACGCGGACACCAUGAACAACCUUUUGUACAACCAGGAGACGCAGACUUUAAAUUUGAACCAGA